GUAUGCCGCCUGACUGCGUCUGAAACGAAGUUGCUACGUGAAUUAGUGGAAGAGCGUGAGGCCUCUGCAGUGAUGGCUCGGCGAGUUCAAGCCCGACAACGUGAUCUGGUCCGUCAGCUUUGGCAGGCGACACGUCGGUUAGCCGAGCUGGAAGGCGGUCAGGAGAGGCGGCCUUCUGAAGGUGGCACCACAGUCUCCCUCGCUGGUGUUGGUGAGGAUUCCAGCAGACCAGUGAAUACGGUAUAUUCGACAACGCAAACGACCAUCAGAUACUCGGAAGCAAUCGUGCUGGCCAUAUGA